AUGCGCACGCGACGGAUGCGUCGGUCGGUCAAUAACAUAAUAGUGACUUCACUGUCUUAUGCGUACAGCUGCCUCCCAGCUACAGUUUUAGCGUCGUGUGUUGAGAGCGUAUGGUCUUCUGGCAAGAGUAAUGGUGCGCAGACGCAAUUAUCUCGUGCCCUGUGGCUGUGGUGCGGCGCACUCGGGGCACGUGUGUGGUUACCUUUAUUACCAAGAGAGGCCACAAGGAGACAGGACCCGUCGAGACAUACUUUUAUGGCGAAGCGGAUCAUGCUGCCGUUUCAUUUGAAUAUUUAUCCAUUGACAAUACUUUUCGACGAUGCAAUCUUGUUGGGUGCCGAAAACGACACCACCCUGUACGCUUCAGACUCGAACUCCGUGUUCUCGUUGCCUUUCUGUGUCAUCAAUAGAACGAGUCAAGUGUACCUGCACCAAAUACUCCGGCAGCUACUUCGCCGUAACCUCGGUUACCACGCCUGGGAGAUUGCGCGCUCUUGCUCGCAGUUGCCCUAUUUCCCGCAUUCCUUAGAGUUGUUAUUGCACGAGGUUCUGGAGGAAGAAGCGACCAGCAAAGAGCCGAUUCCCGACGCCCAGCUUCCCAGCGUUAUCGAGUUCGUUCAUGAAUUUCCCGUUUAUCUUCAGACGAUAGUGCAAUGUGCAAGGAAGACCGAGAUAGCGCUAUGGGCGUACCUCUUCUCGGCGGCCGGAAAACCCAAGGAGCUCUUCCAGGAAUGUCUGCAAAGGAAAAUGUUGGAUACGGCCGCUUCCUACUUAAUUAUAUUACAGAAUCUGGAGAGUUCGGCUGUGAGCAGGCAGCUCGCCACCCAGCUCUUGGACACGGCUCUACAAAAUGAGCGAUGGGACCUCGCGAGGGACCUGGUGCGUUUUCUGAGAGCUAUAGACCCAAACGACGUGGAUUCCCCUCGAAACUCUGUGAACGUGCAAACGAAGUACGGCCAAGUGGUGCAGUCACAAACGGUCAGCCCCAACGCCGAAGACUUGUCCGUCAUAUUGGGAACUAUGCAGAUAUCGGGUGGUCGCGGGCGCAGCUUCAGCACGACCGCAGCCCCCCGCGAGCCCUCACCGACGGGACACGCUCCGCCCCCCGCCCCACCCCCUGCCAGACGAACGGCCGCGGCCGCCGUCAAGAGGAAGAAGUCCGUGCCCGCGAGGGCCGACCGAGAAUCGUGCAACGGCACGGCCGAGGAGUUCUUCAUAGACAUGAUGAUACAGAGACACGCGCGACAUCUGCUUUCGACCGCGAGACUCGUGUCGUUGGGGAAGCUGGCGGCCGCUCUCGACCUGCAUCUGGUGGCCUGGCUGGCCGGAGAGAGGGAGAGGGCCGCUCGAGUCGACGACGCCGUGCUCUGUCUCAAGCGAGUCCAUCGGGACUUCGACUGGCCGUACCCGACGCCCACCGAGGACCAGUACGCGCAGAGGAAGACCAGCGUCGCUCCGAGUACCUUCAGCCUGUCGGCCGACUGCGGCAGCCAGUGCGGCGACAGUGGCUACAUGAGCCUGUCUCUGAAAGCCGCGUUACCUCUGGCCGGGGCCGUGGCCUGUCGUUCUCCGGGACCCGUCAGUUCGGCGGGCGAAGGCAGCGUGGCGGAGGGCGGGGGCGUGGCGUGGGGCGAUGCGGAGGGCGAGGAGCGGCGCUACGCCGCCCUGAUGGAGCGGCUGCACCAACACCAGGCCGACCGCGGAGACCACACCGCCCACGUGCGCCUGCGCUACUUCCUGCAGCUCGCAACGGAGGCCAGCUGCGUGGAAUGGGCGCUCGUGGUCGCCGUCGCGCUGCGCGACGCCUUGGCCGUCCUGCGCUGCACCAACGCCGCGCGGGCGCCCGACGUCAGCCUGUCGGCCGCCAAGCGCCUGCGCGACGCCCUGCGGGACCUGCUCGCCUGGUCCGACGAGGAGUGCGUCGGCUACAAACCGUUCAUGCUGGCGAUCGGCAACCAAAUGCCGUUUCUGACGUCCAUCAUCAACGCCCGCGAACGACGCACGUCGACGGUGAAGCCGCGCGUGCGCACGCCGAGCACGGGCUCGCUCAACUUGGAGCCUAAGCAGACGCAGGAACCGAAGCUACCGACCCCUCAGAAGGCCCAAGAGGUCUCCAAACAGGCCGUCAGGAAGGACUCCCCUCCGACAAUCCCCGAACCCGUCGCGGUCGCCGCGCCGUCGAGACCGCCGGCCGAGCAAGGAGAUGCUUCCUCCGGCUGUGCUCUUAUGUAA